AACCAAUAAGAGCAAAGAUAACUAGGAUUUCUUUAUCAUGAUUGGACAAUUAAAUUACUCUGCCCAUCGAGUAGAGUUUUGGAACGCAGUCCUUGUCGCGAUUAGCGGUUAACAUGAUUGCGGCGUGGAGAAAGCGCGGUUCGUGCAUGUGAUGGAUAUAGGAUAGUUUAGGUCAACGAUUCGACUUAUUGUAAUUUCGGCUGUGAUGGUUUCUUGUAAAUUUUCACGGAAAUUGAAAUAGAAGAAAGGAACAAGAAGGAGACGCGAAAGCAAUAUCCUAUAUUCUGGAGAAGGGAUAAAUAUAACAAUAGAAAAAGAAGGAGGAGGAGGAAGAAGAAACCCGGUCGGUGCCGUCAGCAGUAAGUGGUAAUUGCAAUCGAGUUGGUGUAGCCGUGGUUGCAGUACACACAUACACCUCGUUGUCCAUUCGCGACAUGCCACUUCAAGGAUUACGGUAACAUGGCAUCGUCGUUGAACGAGUCGCUGGACAUGAUCAAGUCGCAUUUCGCACAUGCUGCCGAUAAGCUCGAAUGGGUUCCGUUAUCUCUGACAUUGGUGGAAUAUCCGCAAGGGGAUCUCUUUGGAAAGUUCUUGGCUGUAAUAAGUCUAGUACCCUUUGCUAUUAUAGCUGGCUUUCUUGCAUUAAUAUUAUUUAGAAGAGAUUUACAUACUAUUGUAUUUUUUAGCGGAGUUCUUUUCAAUGAUUGUUUAAAUUUGAUAUUGAAACACACAAUCUGCCAAGCAAGGCCGAUUAAGAGAGAUAGCCUGUACACUGAAUAUGGUAUGCCAUCUACACACGCACAAUUUAUGUGGUUUUUUGCUGCAUACGUGUCACUUUUUGUAUACAUUAGGUUAAAUUACAACUGUACGAUAGCAGAGAGAUUUUGGCGGACAAUAGUAGUAGUAGGAUGCAUUAUCACAGCUGUGUUAGUAACUUACAGCAGAGUGUAUUUACUGUACCACUCCAAUACUCAAGUAGUUUGGGGUGCAUUAAUUGGCAUUGCGAUUGGAAUAGUAUGGUUUGCAUUCAUGCAUACAGUUCUGACGCCGUUUUUCCCCAUAAUAGUUUCAUGGCGAAUAUCAGAGUACCUGUUGUUGCGCGACACAACACUGAUUCCUAAUGUCUUGUGGUUCGAGUACACGAGUAUUCGCACUGAAGCUCGAGCACGUGCUCGGAAGCUUUCGGCGAUUGGCAGAUCGCAUUGACAUCUAAUGCUGAUUGGCCAAUGUGCUAAUAAUGAAUUGAAAUAAAAAAUGCCUUGAUAACGAACGAUCUGACGAUAAAGCAAUGUAGUUUGGCAAAGUAUGAGAAUUAGCGUGAAUAUGUUGAAACGUGGAUGGAAAGUAUUCGACUUAACGUUACAUCUCUCGUUUUAACAGAGCAAAGACGAAUUCGAAAAAUAAGAAGAAUGCCAGUACAAACGUAGAGACGAUUAUGAAAUGAUCGUAAUCGUCAUCAUCGAUAUCCAGCAUCGUCGUUGUCUUUCAUCAAUAAUAUUAUCUCACUAUUGUUAGCAUUAAUGUUAUGAUACACGGUAAUAUUAAGCAUUUUUAUCAUAAAGAUGUUUGAGACAGUCAAAACACGAAAACAGUGGUAGCAGAUUUUACACAAGAGAGAAUCAACUCACUUGACGAUAGUUGAGAGGACGUUAUCGUAGGAGAGGGGAAACGGUAUCCCUAUGCAUAUUAUGCUACAUUAAAAAAAUCGUGUACAUAGACCAACAUGAUAGCCUGAACAUUUGGGCCACAAGCCUAGGAUCAUUUGAAUUUUUUUAUUGUCUACAUAUUUGUGCAUAAUAAAUGUUGAUUAUUUAACAAAAUAGCGACAAUAUCUCGUACAUUACUUCUUUUUAUAUAUAAUUUUAUGUUUUACGUUAUAUAAAGUAAUAGUAAAAUGUCUAGAUAAUAUUUGAAAUAUUGUUGCUGCUUCCUUAAAUAAUAUCAAUAAUUAUGGUGCAUGAAUAUGUGAACAUAAGUGUGCGAUUAAAAAAUUUCAGUGAUUUUAAAUUUAAAUCUUAAGAAAGAAUCAAUAAGAGUCAAUAAGAGCCAACGCAAAUGAAUAUUUCAUUAAUUUUACGAGAUUUUACGAGAUUUCAUUAAUUUAACAGUAGAUAACGAGAUUUUAUGAGAUUUCAUUAAUUUAACAGUAGAUAACGAGAUUUUACGAGAUUUCAUUAAUUUAACAGGAGAUAACAAUUGCAAAUAUUUAAUUAUAAUUUAAUGAAACGUUAAACAUUGAACAGUACAACAUCAGAUCGCUCUUUUGCAUGAUGCAGAGAACUGAAGUAUAUAUUAGAAACAUCCAUAAAAAUAGGCUCUAAAAAGAAACUCCGGAAGUCAAAUCCAGCAUUAAACAAUAUUUUUUAAGAGUCAACGAAAUGUUUCUAUCGUAAAGAAUUAAUUUUUUAUUAAGAACGUACGAAUGCUAGUAGUAAAUAAUAAUUUGAUCGACACUUGAAGAAUACUUUUCAAUGUUCUACGUUUGAUUAACAUUAAGAGAAUACGGCAUAAAAUAUCUCUAAAAAUAAAAAUGUUUUGAUUGAUCUCGCUAUUUAUAUACAAUAGAGUAGUUUUCAGAUUAGAAUAAAAUUUUCAGCAGCCAGCACUUUUGCGCAGAUUUUAUCAAAUAUUAAGAUAUGGUGAUACAAAAAUAAAUAAUAAUUGAUAAAUAAUAAAUUUUUAUACACCUUAAGGCUCUUAAGUACUCGCGUCAACUGUCCUUGUUUGAUGACGUCAGAAACAAGAAAUCGUAUGUUCGCGAUUCUUACGUUAUACAUUAAAAUAAAAAGAUAAAUCCAUACAACGUCACUUAGAAUCGAUUCAGCAAAUUUGUCAAAUAUUUUGAGUACUUUUUGCUAUUACAAUCAAUAAAUAGCUAUAAAAUUAACGUAAUAGAAAUGAUAAAAAAGUCUAGUUAAAACCUAAGUUACACGUUAAUUUUACAGCUAUUUACUGAUUUUAACAAUAAAAAAAAGUGUUUAAAGUAUUUCACAAAUUUGCUAAAUCGAUUACAAGUGUUGUUUUAGAUAUAUAUAUAUUUUUUUUUAUUUCAAUGUGUAACGUAAAAAUCAUGAGCAUGUAGUUUCUCGCUUCUGACGUCAUCAAAUAAAGACAGCUUAUGCGAGUAUCCAGAAGUCUUAAUAUUUGGUCAAAUCUGCACAAAAAUGCUGAAAACUGGCAAGCAUUGCAACAAACUGUUGAACGUUUUUCUUUAUUUAAUGAUAAUUUACUUAUUUUGAAAAAAAGUUUUUAUUUUUCAUUAAUUUUCUAAUUUUUUUUUGUUCUGGAAACUAUUUUUCAAAUAGCAAGAACACUAUUUAUACUUAUCUGAUAUCCCUCUAUUAAAACAACACUAAAUUUACAACAUUAUUGAACCUUUAUUAUCUUUUAUUAGACUUUUAUUAAAUUUGUAUUAAACUUAAAAUAAAAGGCCUUUAUUAAAUCUUUAUUAGGCCUUUAUUAAACUUUUAUUAAAUUUUUAUUAAACUCUAAUUAAAGUAUAAUAAUUAAGUAUUUACAACUCUCUCUAUCUCUUUCUCUCUCUCUGAGACUUUAUUAGACUUGUGUAUAUUGGUGGCUUUUAUUCCCUUAUUUAAAUUUUCUUUGAUUGUACAUGUGAUAACCUUGAUAUUUUCAUUGAUUUUAAGACCAUCAUGCCGGUCUAUGUAUAGACACAAUCGAAUGCUUGUUUAUAAUGUUCCAAAUUUAAUAAGCACGAUUGUAUUUUCCACGAAUUACAAUCUCUUUUACAAAUCGUCAUCGAAUAUUGCAAGCAUUCAACGAUACGUUCCACAUUGACUCCUAAGAGGCACCGCGCGCGUCAGCAGCGGAUCCUUCGUGUUCAGAUACUUAAUUAAGUUAAGAUCGAAAAUGUGCGUUUGCAGUCGGAUGUUUAGUUUAAAUCGAGACUGAAAAUUGUUAUAUAACACAACAGCAGAGGCGAAUAACGAUUAGUCAACAAUGAGCAGCUGCAAGGAGAAAAAUAAUGCCUUUCGACAAUACAUAUCUAGUUUAGUUUUGCAAUAGAUCUUUUUUCACGAUAUGUUUAGCGAGAUUUCACCCAUUAUAUUUGUACGAAUUUUUAAAUGAGUCUUAUGAGAAAGAUUAAUGGUUCAUCCAGAUUUCUUUUGUAACCUUUAACAAUAAUGUCGUUAUCAUUGCGCAAGUAUAAUAUAUAUAUAUAUAUAUAUAUAUAUAUAUAUAUAUAUAUAUAUAGUAGAAAAACUGCGCAACGACAAUGUAACGAUAACGAUAUUGUUGUUAACAGUUACAGAACAGUCUUACAAAUAAACUUGCAUAAUCAUGUAGUACAUAUGCACAAAAAAAAUUAAUCGAUCAUCAAGAUUGGGUAAGUUAAUUUUUUUUCAAUUAAAUUAAAAAUUAUUGGUUUAUAAAAUUAACUUAGAUUAAAGUUAUAUAAGUAAAAACUAAAUUAAAUGUUAAAUUGAAAUUAAGUUAACUUAUCAAAGUUAAUUUGUUUUUGUAUAAUUGCUUUUAUAUAAUUAUAUCCUUUUAAUCGUAAAUUAAAUUUACGUGAAAUAAUGAAAAGGUAGUCUUUUAUAAAAAAAUUUUCAGAAUCACGUAAAAAAAGAACGCUAUUUAACGCUGGCUCAGAAGAAAUAAUUCUGCUAAGAUUAUUUUUUAUUUUUCGUAUUUUGUAUUGUAAUCAACCUACGAUAAUUUUAAUAUUGAUGAAUUAAAUUUUAUUUAUUUUAUAUUUUAAUUUUAUUAAUUUGAAAAAGUUAAUUUUAAAAUAACUAGUUUUAAAUUAAAAUUGAUCAACUUUUUAAAUGAAUAAUUGAUUAACUCGUUAUCUAAUCCUGUAUUGAGUCCGGAAAAACACAUACUGCAUUUGAGUAAACGUUACUUUUGUUUCAAGAAUAUCAUCAAAUAUACACAUUCACAGAUUUACCAUAAGUUUAUAUUUAUGAGAAUUUAUCAUUUCAGAAUGUGUUUUAAAUGAAUUUGAUGUUUCUGAUGAGCUUAUUUUAUUAUAGAUUUUUAUUAUAGAUUAUGGAUAUGUAAAUCUAUGAAAUAUAUACUUGAAACAAGUGACAUUUACUUGAAUGCAGUAUGCAUCUUUCUAUAUGUAUCGAUUAUGAAACGUGCAUAUGUAUAAAAGGAUGUUAUUUAUAGGUCUGUUUUUUUUAGAUAAAAAACUGAACUGAUGCACACCAGUUAAUCCUCUGAUAAGUUAGAGUCAGACAGAUAUAUUUUGUGUUUCACUGUAACUUAUUGCACUAGUUCAGACAAUUCAGU